AUGUCAACUGCUGCUGCUACUGCUGAUGCUGCCAAACAACCAUUGGUGUUUUACGUUACUGGGGCCUCAAAGGGUAUCGGAAAGGUAUUGGUACAAAAGAUCAUUGCACAAGGUGACAAGGUCGCAGCUACUUCAAGAGACAAGAAGCAAUUGACCGAUAUAUUUGGCCAAGACUCUGAACAAUUCCUAUCACUUGCCGUUGAAUUGGCAACUGAAGAAUCUGUAAAACAAUCGAUUCAAGAUACUGUCAAGCAUUUCGGAACUAUCGAUGUCAUCAUUAAUAAUGCUGGAUAUGCUGCCACUGGUGUGAUUGAAACCAUUGCAGAUCGUCAUAUCAGAGAUAACUUUGAUAUCAAUGUAUUUGGUGUAUUCAAUGUACUCCGUUAUGGUGUACCAAUCCUCCGUAACAAAAAGUCUGGUCUAAUCAUUAAUAUCUCUUCUGUCGGUGGUACUAUUGGUUUCCAAGGUUUUGGUGCAUAUUGUGCCACUAAAUUUGCAGUGAAUGGAUUAACAGAAACACUUGCAGCUGAACUUAAAUCAUCCAAUGUCAAGGUUACAUCGGUUGAACCAGGUUACUUCCGUACUGAUUUCAUUGGCAAUGCCAAGGAGAACCCAGAGGAGGCUGGUGCACCAAUCGAAGAAUACAAACCCAUCUAUGACUUUAUCCAUCACCACAAUGUUGGCAUUCACGGAAAGCAAAGAGGUGACCCAAGCAAAUUGGCUGAUAUUCUUGUUGGUCUUGCUCGUCACCAAGGUGAUCUCCCAACCCAUCUCUAUGUUGGUGCCGAUAGUAAUGAAUAUGCUCUUGCCAAAUUAAAGCAACAAGUUGCUGAUUUAGAAAAAUGGCAGUCAAUCACUUCAAAGACUGAUUUUGAUGAAUAA